CCCCCGCCGUUGUCCCUGCUUCUAAACGCGGGCGCGGCGAGAGGAAAAGAAGAAGGAGUUGCACCUGAUCCCGAUCCAAAUCCCAUCCCUUUCGUGUUUCUAGCGGUGACGUUUGAGGGUUCGAUCAACGAG